AAGAGAGAAAGAGAAUGAAAGGACGAUAGUGUGACGGGACGUUUCAAUGAUUACGCACAUUUAAUUAUCUCGUACUUUUUCUCUCUUCCAGCAGCUGUUUCGCGCGUUACACGUUCACAAAUACAUGCAAAGUCACAUACACACUCAUACAUACUUACGUUAAAUACAUUUAGUAAGAAUAGCUCUCUCUCGCUUCGAGAUACUUGGCAGCACUCAGUACGACUUUCACGAUGGCUGAGACUGGUAGUUCUAACGGUAUCAUCGACUUGCUCGAGGAUCUUUUAAGGAUUCUCAAAGAGGAAAAGCUCUUUGAUGCGAGAUGUAAUCAAUCAGUGAUUAAUUUUCGGCAUCCGCAGGAUCUCAAGAAUAUAAUACCGUUAACAUUAAAUGAUGACGGUGCUAGUUCCGAGGAAAUCGAUAUUAUCAUACGACAAAUAAUAAAAUAUUCGGUGAAAACAUUUAGUCCGAACUUUCACAAUCAACUUUACGCGGGUGCAGACGAAUAUGGAAUUGUCGGUUCUUGUCUCACCGAUGUUUUUAAUUCGAGUCAAUAUACGUACGAAGUAGGACCGGUUUUUACAUUGAUAGAACAUGAAGUGUUAGAGAAAUGCUUAAAGCUCGUUGGAUAUCCAUCGAUACCGGAAGCCGAUGGUAUUUUAUGUCCAGGUGGUAGUAUAUCUAACAUGUACGCAAUGGUAAUGGCCAGGUAUAAGAAAUUACCGGAAAUCAAGAGAAUGGGAUGUAGUGGUUUUCCACCUUUGGCAUGCUUUUCCAGUGAAGAAAGUCAUUAUUCUAUAAUGAAAGGUGUUCAUUGGUUAGGUAUUGGCACCGAGCAUGUUUAUAAGAUCAAGUCUGACCAGUUAGGAAAAAUGUUACCAAAUGAUUUAAAAAGAGCGAUAAACGAGGCCAAGGCCAAUGGAGAAUUACCAUUUUUUGUUAAUGCAACAUGCGGAACCACGGUUCUCGGUGCUUUCGAUCCAUUGCCAGAAAUAGCAAAAAUCUGCGAAGAAGAAUCUCUUUGGAUGCACGUUGACGCAUGCCUCGGUGGAACUUUAUUGCUUUCCGAAAAGUAUCGCGAACGUUUACGUGGAAUCGAAUUAUCUAAUUCGGUAGCUUGGAAUCCUCACAAAAUGCUUGGCGUACCUUUACAAUGUUCUAUAUUUUUGGUGAAGGGUAAGAAAGCAUUGCAUAAAACCAAUUGCGCUGGUGCUACGUAUCUCUUCCAACAGGACAAAUUUUAUGACGUGUCCUGGGACACAGGCGAUAAGAGUAUUCAAUGUGGUAGAAAGGUAGAUGCCAUGAAAUUUUGGCUUAUGUGGAAGGCACGAGGAACUAGCGGUUUGAGAAAAUCUGUCGAUGUUGCAAUGUCCGCAGCCGAAUAUUUUCUGGAUAGAAUAAAGAUGUUGGAUGGUUAUAGGCUCGUUUUGCCGAGUUAUGAAUGCUCCAAUAUCUGUUUUUGGUACAUACCACCUAGCAUGCGCAAUCAAGAGGAGACCGAUGAUUGGUGGCAAAAAUUAUACAAAGUUACAACGACGAUAAAAGAACGAAUGGUACUCGAUGGCACCCUUAUGAUCAGUUAUAUGCCUCUGAUUCAUAAAAAUCUUGGAAAUUUCUUUCGUAUGGUCGUCACCUGUCAACCACCACCUACGCGUGCUUCUAUGGAUUAUAUCAUUGAUCUAAUCGAGAAGUAUGGAGCGAAUUUGUAAAAAGAAAAAAAAAAGAAAACACAUGCACAUACAGGAUUUUUUCACAUCUUA